AUGGGCUCAGACCUGUCGUCCCUGCUGGAGGCGAAAAUGGAUGACGUCGUGGCCAAGCAGCGCGCCGCCGCACAGGACGCUAAGGCAGCCGCGGCAGCAGCAGCCGGCAGCAGCGGCGGCGGCGGCGGCGGCGGCGGCGGUGCGUUUGUGUGGGAUCUACCGGUGGUGGAGGGGUACCGGCUGGACGCGGUCAAGCGCGACUUCCACCUGCUGUACCACUACGAGCUGAGCAACACGGCCCUCGGGGUGCCCGCCUUUAGGCACCUCAUAGAGGGAUACGGCGACACGCUGUUUGCCAAGGCGUUCAACCUCCACAGCCUCUACCUGCACCCCAGCCCGAUCUACCACCUGCGCCUGCUGCUGCGGGACCUCCUGCGAGACGUGCCGCCCGCGUUCGGCCCCGACGGCGUGCGUCUGGAGUCUGUGGCUGCAUCGUCCGGCCUGCCGCUGCCCGCCGUCGCCGCCGCGUUCCGCGCGCGGUACGGGUACGAGCUGCCGCUCGCCACCUACGGCCAGCCGUCGCUGGCGCACCUGCUCGGGAAGCUGCAGGGCGACUGCCGCCUCGUCCCCGCGGGCGCGGGUGGCGGGGAGCUGUUUGCGUUCCCUCCCGUCGCUGGCGCCAGGAGCACAUUUAAUAGGGUGCGGGGCCAUGGGUCUGCGGCGGGCCGGGCCGCGCCCGCUCAUCUGUGCACCGCUGUUUCUCGACGCCUGUCCGGCAGCCGGCCCCGCCGCGGGGGCGCCUCUUGA